AACCAUUCCAUUUGCAUGGUGGCCAUUGAGAGAGAGAGAGAGAGAGAGAGAGAGUCCUUCCAUACGCUUAAAAUGAGGAAGAAUUUCAGUGUAAAAAGCUUCUCAUUGAUCCUUCUCAUUGCAUUUCUUGUUUGGUUUUCUGCAUUGGAUUCUUGCAAUGCAAGGAGAGGCAAGCAUUGGAGGCAAAAGAGAGCUGCCUCAGAUUCUCUGUCUAAGAAAAAAGGAAAGAAUGGUGGUGGUAAUAAUCACAGUGGGAGCAAAGGUGGCGGGUCCAAAUCGACCCAUCCGAUGGCUCCGCCGCCUUCGAAGAUGGCUCCGCCGCCUCCGAAGAAAGAAUACGAAGAUGGGAAUCCAUCGAAUUUUGAUGUGUUGGAUUUCGGUGCUAAGGGCAACGGAAAAACAGACGAUACGAAGGCAUUCCAAGCAGCAUGGGCAGCUGCUUGCAAGGUGGAAGCAUCAACGAUCAUAGUUCCAUCUGAGUACACAUUCCUUGUGGGACCCAUCUCAUUUUCGGGUCCUUACUGCCAACCGAACAUCGUGUUUCAGUUAGAAGGCACGAUCAUAGCUCCGACGAACCCUCAGGCCUGGGGUUCGGGAUUGCUGCAGUGGAUCGAAUUCACAAAGCUGAGAGGGAUUACGAUCCAAGGUGGAGGUACGAUCGAAGGGCACGGCUCUGUCUGGUGGAGCGAUUCGCAACUAGGCGAUCCAUGGAGCGAUUCGCAAUUAGACAUUCCGAUAAGCAACGAGCUCAAUAGUAAAAUGCCAAGCAUCAAACCGACGGCGCUACGAUUCUACGGUAGCUUCAACGUGACCGUUACAGGCAUAACGAUCCAAAACAGCCCACAGUGCCACCUCAAGUUCGAUAACUGCGUCGGGGUCCUGGUCUACGACAUGACCAUCUCGUCUCCGGGCGACAGCCUCAACACCGACGGCAUCCAUCUGCAGAACUCCAAGGACGUGAUGAUACACGGCACCAAUUUGGCUUGUGGUGACGACUGUGUGUCCAUCCAGACGGGCUGCACCAACAUAAACAUACACAAUGUGAACUGCGGGCCAGGCCACGGAAUCAGCAUCGGAGGGCUCGGGAAGGACAACACCAAGGCAUGUGUGUCAAACAUCACCGUGCGGGACGUAAUCAUGCACAACACGAUGAACGGUGUCAGAAUUAAGACGUGGCAGGGUGGGUCAGGCUCCGUCCAGGGUGUUCAAUUCUCUAACAUUCAAGUCUCAGAAGUCCUGAUUCCCAUUGUAAUCGACCAAUUCUAUUGCGAUAGGAGCACAUGCAAGAACCAAACGUCAGCCGUGGCAUUAUCUGGUAUCAAUUACGAGAACAUCAGAGGGACAUAUACGUAUAAACCCGUGCAUUUGGCAUGUGCCGACAGCUUGCCAUGCACGGACGUCACCCUAACUGAGAUCCAACUCAAACCACUGCAAGAACGCUACCACCUCUACGACCCGUUCUGUUGGCAAACAUUUGGGGAGCUGCGCACUCCCUCCAUCCCGCCAAUCGACUGCUUGCAGAUUGGCAAACCGGCAAGCAACCGAAUCCAGUCUGAUCGCGAUUCGUGUUGAGCCUGUAGUCUAGGACAUGGUGUACACAUAUGCGCGGUCGUCGUGAUAUUCCGACCCCUUCACACCAUAGCUGUAGAGUAUAUAGGGUGAGAUACAGUUUGUUAGAGUCAUGUUUCGCUUGCCGUUCUAUACAUAGUAUAUAGGAAUUCUUGUUUAGUAGGGUUACGUUGAGUUCCCAUUUCGAGAGAGUAUACAGGCAUUGUUAUUUCCUAGAGUUUGUGCUUAUAAGGCAAAUGUUGUUUGCUAGGGCGAAUGUCAAUUCCCCAACAUUGGAGAAUUCAUAAAGACAUUCUUGAUUUCUACAUUUGUAUUAAGGUCAUGUUUGCCAAGUUUGUUUAUUCAGAAACACUACAAGUUGCAUGAGAA